ACGAUUGAUCACAUUCGAUUGCUUAAUUUCGCUUUCUCAUUUAUUGAGAGAGAGAGAGAGAGAGAGAGAGAGAGGGAGGAGAGAAACAAAAAGAAAAUAAACACAUGAAUGUCAGUAGUUGCUGUGAGAUAGUCGUGACAAGUGUAAUAAUGGACAGGCAAAUGUUACUUCUACUAAUUGGAUUGUGUACACUUCGAUCGGUAUUAGGACAGUCCGAUUUACAGAUUAUAAUCGAUAACAUUGAUUUAAAAGUAAAUGAGGAAUACAUUCAAAGUUGUAAAGUAGAACCUUGCGAGACCAGCGACAUGGUACCCACAUUAACUAUCGACUGUCAAUUUAUUAAGGAAGUACCUGAAGAAGCUAUAUUACACCUUGUCUUAUAUGGAAUGAAUAAUGGCGAGCCUACUGAUCCAACUGGUAUUGAUAUAGAAAUGAGUUCGUGCCAAAUGGUAAACGAUACUAUAAUUAUGGGUCCGAUUUUAAAGGCGAUGAAGAUGUCCUCAAAAUGUCCAUUACCACCGACACAUAUGCUUCUGGAUUGUUUUGUUCUACCGAUGGACGAGUUUCCUGAUUAUUUUCCAUCUGGAGAAUACAUUUUCAAUAUUGUUCUCUAUCAUAAAAUUGUUAAUCUGUUUGUAAUGGAUGUGUAUUUGACUUUAUAUUGAUAUAACUUUUUAUUAUUUCUCACUUCUAUAUAUUUCGUCAGAAUUUUUAUCAAUUGAUAGUAAGUAUUUUUUAAAAAAGUGGUUAAUAUAUGUGAAUAUUUUGAUCAGUAUAAACAGUUAAGUGUCAGGGUUACGUCUGGAUUAUGCGUCACUUAUAUUACAUAUUGAUAUUUUGUUAUAAACAUUAACCAUUUAUUAAAAAUAUUGAUCAAAUGUUUAAAAAUACUAACACAAUAAAUAACGGCUAUUAUUUCUGAAUAUUACUGUAAUACUUUCCGCGAUAAUAUAAUAACAUUCGUCUUUAUUAAUGUAACCCAUAAUCUUUCUAUGAUUCUAACAUCUGUAUGUAACUAGAAUAUAGAAUUAUACAAAUUUUA